CUUUUCGUCACAAACCGCCCACCAUUUCGUCCAUCUUCACCCGUCUUUUCGGCUCUUUCGCCGGUCCAAAUCCCGCCGCCAUGUCCGCCGCAAAGACCCGCGCUCAGUCCCUUAUUAACGACAACGCUGUCGUCGUUUUCUCUAAGUCAUACUGCCCUUACUGUGCCUCUUCCAAGAAGUUGCUUGACAGCUUGGAUGCGAAGUACACUACUCUCGAGCUGGAUUUGGAGGAGGAAGGAGCUGCCAUCCAGAGCGCUCUCGCCGAGAUCUCAAACCAGCGCACCGUGCCCAACAUUUUCAUCAACAAGCAGCAUAUCGGCGGAAACUCUGACCUCCAGGCCAAGAAGGACCUGAAGGAGCUGCUCAAGGCCGCUGGUGCGAUCUAA